CGCGACCUUGACCAAGCACUAAGUACCUACCUAGGUAUAAACACCGCCUCUACCUGCGGAGUAACUAGCGCCUACAGGUCUACCCCACAGCAGCUGUGUCAGUCCCGUCAGCCUUCUUCCAUCAUCCCACCCAAAAGAGUAUCAUCCUCUACAACCAACCGCCACAUUCAACCAUGGAGAACAACCCAGCAGCAGCCCGCACGAGGCCUGUUUAUGAUGCCUCUCAAGGCGGGCAUUAUGGCGCCAGCGCUUUGCUCGCGACCCAAGGCUUUGCCCCCAGUGAGCUCUAUACUGGACCUUGGGCAAAUGCGCAUCAAGGCCUCACUGGUCAGUACAAGGACAUCUUGACCACAUACUGGCAACACACCAUUUCCCACCUCGAAAACGACAACCACGACUACAAGCUCCAUCAGCUACCGCUCGCGCGCAUCAAGAAAGUCAUGAAGGCCGACCCCGAGGUCAAGAUGAUCUCCGCCGAGGCCCCCAUCUUGUUCGCAAAGGGUUGCGAGAUCUUCAUCACAGAGUUGACCAUGAGGGCCUGGAUUCACGCCGAGGAGAACAAGCGUCGCACUCUUCAGCGUUCAGACAUCGCAUCCGCUCUCGCCAAGUCCGACAUGUUCGACUUUCUGAUUGAUAUCGUCCCCCGCGAAGAAGCAUCCAGCCACGCCAAGCGAACCCAGACCGCGGUUGCUCAACCGGCACCUGCUGGUCAGGCUCCAAUGUCAGGACAGCACACGAUGACCCAGGCACCCAACCAGGCCCAUCCAAUGGGUGGUGAUUACAUGGCUGGGCAUGGCCUCGCUCCCGAUCAAGACUACCGCAAUCAGCCCAACAUGUAUCCCGACCAAUCAGUGCCUAACCCCCAGGCCGCAUACGGUCAGACCCAGCCUCCGACUAUGAAUCCGUACGGCAACAUGGGCGACAUGUAUCCCUACUCAGCCAUGCCACCACAGCAGACAAACAUGCCAAACGAAGAAUUUGAGCAGUAGAACCCAUCUUCUGUGAGACAGCUGCUGAGUCCGCCCAUCUCAUCUCUAUGGCUUGGUAAAAGAAUGAUGGAGUGAAGAGUUGGACGAACAUCGGGAUCGGUUACGGUAUGAUAUGGGUGUUUAAGGACUACGAACUUUAUUCUUCUUAGCAACGAUUCCCCAAGUAUGAUUUGAUAUGACAUUCAAUGCCCUUGUCCCCUUUCCCAUCUCUGUGAAACUUUAUGCAAGAGUUGUGGAAACCAACACCCGCCAUUUCCGAACCGUAGUCUUCAGAAAAGCAGUUUCUAAUGUACAAAUGAUUUAUAUGGAAUUCUUUUAUAGCCCAACAGCCUCUCGGACAACCUGCAUGGUUUCCUCAGCACUCUUCCGUGCCUUUUCAGCACCAAUUGCCUCGAUCGAAUCAAGCAUCACUGACCAUCUCCUUGAGCUGCUUGGGUGAAAGAUCGCUAUACUGCUCUCCAAGCUCUUGGGCCUUUCUCCCCUCUGGAUCGAAAAUGGCCAUGAUAUCAAGCAGAUUCGAGAUUCCAGGUCGUUCUUCUCUGUUGUAAUUUAUCCCCGGGAUGGAGUCUGUUGUUGCAGCUUUGAUUUUGGCCUUGAUCUCUUCAGGCGAGUCGAUGAUGCUGAUUCGUGAUUUCGGUGACUUGCUGGACUUUGACAUUUUCUCUGUUGGGUUCUGGAGAGACAUUACCCGUUGCACAGGAGCUGUACAUAGCAUGUUAGUCUGGGUCGUAGAAUCAAAGGUCAGAGUCUGGGACUUACAGGUGGUAGUUUGGGGGGGUACUAGAUGGUUCCCGUAAGUUGCGUUGAAGUUUGUGACACACUCUCGCGCAAACUCGAGAUGUUGUCUCUGAUCUUCACCAACGGGAACAUGAGUUGCUCUACAGAUAUAAUGUCAGCCUAUCCUGUGCUGUGCUGGGAAUGAGUACACCACGAACCUGUGCACAAGAAUAUCGGCGGCUUGAAGAACGGGAUAUGAAAACAGACCGAGUUUAAGGUUGCUGGCUGCUUUAUCGUUCAUGUUCGACUUGUCACUAAUGUUUAGUUUGCUCUGAAUGAGAGUUAGCUUGAACGUUGACCUCUUUGGGC